AAUAGCGUCAAUGUGUGCACACACAUAUCGUUUGUUUGUUGAGUAAAAGAAAAAUCGGAAUAUUCAGCGGAUCAAGGAUUUACUGAAUAUACACUGCCAGCAGCACGUCAUGAUCCGUCUCACAAGUUACUCUUCCGAAAAUUCUCUGAUAUACCGUGAAAUCAACAAUUAUCAUCAAAAUUCACCGCAGAAAAGAUUCUUAAAAUAUGUUACUACGAAUGAGUGCAAUAAUAUUUUUGUGUUAGAAAAUGUGGCAUUCAAUCAGAAGUUGGUGAAAUUGUUGUACACAAAAUUUCGACAGAAUCUGUAUAAUGGAAGAUAUAUGUCAACUCGCGAAGAUAUAUCUCAAAAGCGAAAAUCUGCUUCUUUUUACGUACAUACACAGCUGCGUAAAGAGUAUUACAACGACAUAGACAUAUGUUUGAAGGACUUCGGACAGCUGGCUCAGAAAGUGGAUAAAAUAAACAAUGACGAUCCAAGUCUCGAGUGCCAAGAUAAUGAGGAACAUUCAGACUACACCAUUUCACCAGAUAACAAUGACAAUGAUUAUAUUGCUAUGCAUGUUUCAACAGUUUCCGCUGAUAUGCUGAGUUCGACGGAGUCUACCAUAUUUCUCGAUGCCAUUGAUGCUGAAUGUACACAGAAAAGUACUCAAGAGUAUAGUGAUGAUGAUACCAUGAAAUCAAUGACAAAAACAAGCAACAGCAGAAUAUCCUUGGAGAGUGCGCCUUCUCCACAAUGUGGGGUAGCCGCUUCCGUAAAGGAACCAUCAAGAUCCAACAUGACAGUCAUGACAAUUGAACACAAGGACGUUAUCAGUGAGAAAGACUGGGGUAAGGAAAGAGAAGUUAUUAUAGAGAGAGAUGAGAACAAAUCUUUUGGAAUCAGCAUCGUUGGUGGAACUGUUAAUGUAUCCGACGAUACUAUUGUCUCGGGAAUAUUUAUUAAAAAUAUUAUACCAAACAGUCCAGCUGAUAAAUGUGGUAUAUUAAAGAUCGGAGAUCGAAUACUAGCAGUCGACGGGACCGAUAUAAGAACUGCUACCCAUGAGCAUGCAAUGAAAACGAUUAAGAACGCUGGCAACAGUAUGAUAUUGCAAGUGCAGAGUUUAACCAAAAAGAUUGAGGAUUAUACAGAAUCAUCAGCUCUACUUAAAAAAAUUCCUCCUCCAAUAACACCAUGCAAAACGCCUGAGCUGGAACUUAUCCACGAUGGAAAACAGCUCAACAGCACUGAGAUGAUUGAUGAACCAGAUAAUAAACUAAAGGAGCUUGAAACUAAUCAAAAUAAUAAUGUACCUGUUAUAAUUGAAGUGUCAACAGCAACACGUCCAGAAUCUCAAAACGCUCCUGCAACAGAAUCUGAAAACUCUUCUGACGACGAGGAUGGUCGAGAUUUGGAGGGAAAGACACACACCAAAGCUGGAUUAGAGAUUGAUCGAGCUUCAGCUGGCAAUAUCAAACGUUCUAAGGAAGAAAUUGCUCUCGAUUCUGAGGAGGAAGAUGCUUUUGGAUAUACAGCAAAAAAAAUCAAAAAGCGCUAUGGCUCACUGGGGCAGGUCCUGUGCUAUUCAAUCGAACGAAGUUGUGGCGGAAGCCUGGGUAUAUCGCUAGCAGGUCAUAGGGACCGAACCAAAAUGGCCUCGUUCAUUGCGGGAAUCAACCCGAAAGGAAUAGCAUCUUCGGCGUUUUUUGAAGUAGGAGACGAAAUAUUGGAGGUAAACGGAGUGGUUCUACAUGGACGAUCACAUUUGAAUGUGCCAGUUAUAAUAAAAGGACUCGUAGGUUCUACGUUAACAUUUGUUUUAUUGAGGAAAAAAGAUGCCAAAGAAAAUUUAGCCGUUAAACCAGUCACCCAAUUUCCAGUCUCUAUCGAUGAAGAGGAAAUUUUUUCCACCUAUAAAAAUAUGCGUACAGUAUCUGUCAAAAAGGGAUCGUCUGGAUUGGGUAUUAUGAUUAUUGAAGGAAAACAUUCGGAAGUUGGCCAGGGUAUAUUUAUCUCAGACAUACAGGAAGGCUCCAUGGCUGACAAGGCUGGAUUGAAUAUUGGAGAGAUGAUACUGGCGGUUAAUAAAGAUUCACUUAUCGGGUGUACUUACGAAACGGCCGCAUCACUAUUGAAAAGGGCCGAAGGGGUUGUCACCUUGAAAAUAUGCAAUCCCAAUAAAACAAAAGAACCGAGUGAGCCGAGCAGCGCCAAUAGCUUGGAUCCCAAAACACAGGGCAGUGUGUCUGGAAAGAGUUCUCCUGCUAACGAAGCCGAGACCAAGAAAGGUUCCAGUAGACCGGUAACUCCGAAACCUCAAGCCUCCCCAGCGAAAGAAGUAGUAGAUCCGAGUAAAGCCGAAAUAGUCGCUGAUGACAAAACUACCAUUGAGCUAAAUGCGGACAAAAAGCCGUUGGGAAUCGUUGUAGUUGGUGGAUGCGACUCGUGCGUGAAUACCGGUGCUGUUAUUGUUGAUAUUUUGCCAAACAGUGUAGCGAGUAGUGAUAAACGCCUUCAGAUAUUAGACCAGAUACUAGAAAUUAACAAUAUCAAAAUAACGAGCGAAAUGACCGAGCGCCAGAUACAAAAAGCCCUUAAACAAAUACAAACCAAGGUACGGAUGGUUGUCUACAGAGCCAGUAAAGAAGAAACAGAAAAAAUUGAAAUUGAUGUGCCGAAAAAGUCAGGAAAGUACCUGGGCGUGGGUUUCCGAGCCAAUCAUCCUAAGGGAGUUAUCAUCACCGAUAUUCUCCCGGGUGGUAUUAUGGAAUCCGACGGAAGAAUCCAUAAAGGAGACAUUAUAACUCACGUUAAUUCAGACAGUUUAAGCAAUACGUCGUACGAGGAUUGUUCCGUUUUAUUUAAGACCGCGCAAUCGAAAAUCACCUUAACUAUUCUUAGACCUUGCCCCAAAAAGCGCUCGAAUUAAUUUGUAGCCAGUACCAGACAGUGAAUGUCCAAUCAAAUCAAAAGUCAAUUGCCAGUUUUAUUUGGUUCGAACUUAUAGUGUUGUUGGUAUUCAUUUUAAAAGAGAUUAUAUCCUUGAGUAAUACAUACUGUUUUAGAAAGAAAAAUCGUUUUUUCAAAUGAUAAAAUACUCCAUAAGAAAUGUUCAAAAUCCUUAGUAUUCUAAUUUAGACAACAAAGAAAAAUAAAAUGACCAAAAGGGAUUACCAAA